AAACCUAAACAACCAUUCUCUGUUCCUAAGUAAUUAAACUCAACCAUAGUUUUCCACAACCACACCGCCGUCCGGCAAGUGUUCUCAGUUUCUCUCAAACUGUACGAGAACAAAGGUGUAGACACUCUGUGUUCUGAUCUCGGCAUUCUUCUUCUUGGAAAAUUCUGAGGUGACCUUUCAAUUAAUGAUGGGGACAUUUUAGACUCACCUGCAGUUCAUAAGAAACUACGAGAAAUUAUCCAAAUUUCCAAAGUGAAAAUUAAACAAGUUGUGUUUGAAAUUUUAGACAAGAAAAAGUGAUUUCAAGAGAGAAACCGUCAUGGAGAAGGGUUAUUAGUGGUAUUCAGAGUGAAAUCUAGCUGAAAACAUUGUACAAGCAAAGUGUAAAAUUUUUGAAAAAUUGGAGUGCACCCAUUUGUUCGUGGGCUUGAAGUAUCUCUACACACAUAAUAUACAUAGUUACAGUUAAAACUGUCAAGGGGACAUAUUUGUCCAACAAAUCCACCGCGGCGUGGCUACCCGUCGACAUUGGCGACAUUGCAGAAUCGCCAAGUUCCCAGCUAUUCUUGAAAGGCGAGGAUGUUGCGUUUCUCAAAAAGUGGGAGCAACACAAGGCCAACCCUUUGCCGAUUGUUAACCUCCUGUUAACAACAACCCCACCAAAACAACAAAAAUGUGGGGAUUAACAUUCGAACCAAAUCCUCAUGACAUGAUGAUCCAACAAGCACAACUUUUAGCCAAUUUAAAUCCCCAAGGGCUUCAAUCUUGGCUUACCAAGACGAGAAGCACGGGGAAAUUUCUUCCUCUUCCAUCUAUAGAUGACGAGACAUGUGACAUAAGAUCCACAAAUACAUUCAUCGACAAAUCCCUCCCGUGCGAUAAAUGUGGCCGGUUAUUUAGGAAAGGUAGACCAACUAAAAGUCACAAAUGUAUAUCAGGAGUAGAAAAGUUAUCUGAUGAUAAAGAAAAUGGUGAUGAGACAGCGGAAGACCGUGAUAUUCACGAGCUUGGUGAAGCUAGUCAUUCAACUGACGAGAAAUUCCUUCGUAAUAAAAACAUCAGAAAAGAAUCCAAGGUCACUCAUAAGACGGGUCGCCCAUUUUGCUGCAGUAUUUGCGGUCUUACCUUCAAGAGAGCUCAUCACUUGAAUUCCCACGAAGGAACUCAUCGCGACGACGUCGCACGCCCAUUUGUUUGCGCACUACCCAAUUGUGGCAAGGCUUUCAAGCUCAAAAAAUAUUUGAUCAGGCAUGAACCUAUCCAUACUGAGCAUCAGUGUGAAAUCUGUGGUAAAGUGUUUGAAGGAAAAUACAUCACGCAGCAUAUGAAUAUAGUCCAUGGAAAAGAAACCUUUUCGAAUUUGAUACGAGUUCCUGCCGAAGUCCAAAUCGCACCUGGACAGCAGGUUCAAACGCCAACUCUGGUACCAGUCACUGCCAUCACGGACGAUGGCAACAACACAACGACAAUUACAACUCCCUUCUAAACUGUUUCAAGCCAUACCAGCCACUCACUUUACUUACACUCAUCUGUAUUACGUCCUUAUGUGCAAAAUGCCCAUAGAUUUUUUGUUUGUGAGAAAUGAUAGAUGAAACGGAAUGCAGAUGUAUGUAUACACGAUAUUUAAUACCAUAUUUUCAAUGAUCAACAAUCGGUAAGUACAAAAAUAUAUAUUGACGUUUCUUAUAAAUAUAUCCUAGACAUAUUUGAUACCAUGCGAAAC